AUGUCGGUGGCCACAAAAAACCCCUUCGCCCUCCUCGAUGAGGAGUCUUUCUCCCCGCCCGCUGUGCCCACCGAGGUAGCUCCCGCGCCCGCACCUGCUGCCACCCGUGGCGCACAGAAGACCCGCGGCGGCCCAGCGUCUCGCGGCGGAAAGUACUACGCUCGUGGUGGCAAGCCUCAGACAAAGGACUCUUCCCCUGCUGAGGAUCCUGCUGCUGAGAGUCAGAGGAAGGUUGAAGGCGCCCGUGAGGGUGGUCGCGGCAGAGGUCGCGGUCGUGGAGGUGCAGGUCGCGGCGGCAGGGGUCGUCCUUUCGACAGGCAUAGUCAGACCGGAAAAACCGACUCUGACAAGAAGAUCCACCAAUCUUGGGGUGGCGACGACGGCAAUACUGAGUUCAAGGCUGAACAGGCUGCCACUGUUGAUGCCGCAGCUGAGGUCACCGGCAACGAGUGGGGCGCCGACACAUCUGCCGCAGCUGACUGGGGUGCUCCUGCUGCUGAUGCUUCCGCUGACGCCUGGGGUGCUCCCCCAGCUGCUGACGCCGCUCCUGCUGAAGCCGACAAGCCCGAGAGCCGCCCUCGUAGGGAGAGGGAGCCGGAGGAGGAGGACAACACCCUAACCUUCGAUCAAUACCUCGCCCAACAGAAGGAAAAGGAAUCCGUUAUUCCCAAGCUCGAAGGUCCCCGCAAGGCCAACGAUGGCGCUGAAGAGAUCUGGAAAGACGCCGUUCCUCUCACUAAGAACGAGGAAGAGGAUGCCUACUUCGUCGGCAAGACGAAGGCUGCCCCCAAGGCUCGUGCAAAGAAGGAGGAGAAGGUCUUCCUCGAGAUCGACGCCCGCUUUGAGCGCCCAGACCGCGGUGGUCGCGGACGCGGCCGUGGAGGAGAUCGCGCUCGUGGUGCUGGACGCGGUGGACGCGGUGGACCCCGUGGUGGACGCCAGAACGGUGCUGCUGCUGUUGUCAACGUUGACGACCAGUCCGCCUUCCCCUCGCUCUCCUAA